UUAAGUCUUUUCCUCGUGUGCCAAAUGAAUGCCAUCGUCUCGAUUCAGCGGAUUCCUGCAUGCAAGUGUUUAUCUUCGAUGCUUCUACAAGCCUUUGGACCGCCAAUUUGCACUUGCAUGGAUAUUUUAGGGAGAAGUUACGAAGGCGUCAAAGGGUUAAUAUGUCUAUGUUUUCAGGGAGCGCCUGGGUCAUUUGGGUCACCAGGAUUAUCUGGAGAACAAGGACCUGAUGGACGAGUGGGGGAACGAGGCGAUGAGGGUAAAAGCGGCCCAGCGGGACCACCAGGGCCUAUCGGCGAAGUCGGUGAUGUUGGAAGUCAAGGACAGACGGGAGGUCUCGGAUCACCAGGACCUACAGGACCCCCUGGAGCAAGAGGAGGAGAGGGUGAUGCAGGACCAGUUGGUCGACGCGGCGAGAAUGGUGCUACUGGUCAAGCGGGUGUCAGUGGCGAACUAGGAGAACAGGGAAUGACGGGCGAUAUGGGCGUCAAGGGAAUUCCUGGGGACGAUGGAAUAAGUGGACAAAUCGGCGCUAGUGGAGGCUCAGGCCCACGUGGCGACCCAGGAACCAGCGGAUCAGCAGGUUACCCGGGUAGUCCUGGACCACCAGGUCCAGCAGGGAACAUAGGAGUCACUGGGCCGAAUGGGGAAAAGGGCUCCUCUGGCGAGACUGGGCCGGCUGGUGGACCAGGGUCAAGUGGAACUGAGGGUGCGAUGGGUGACAUGGGACCCAAAGGAUAUCGUGGUGACAGUGGAGAAGAGGGUGGAGAAGGCCAACGAGGGCCCAUGGGAUUACCUGGACCUUCGGGAGCAGCGGGGGCAAUGGGGAGUGAGGGAGUGGCAGGCACUAAUGGUCAACCUGGUAGAAAGGGUGAGGCAGGUAAUUUCGGAGGGCCUGGAGAUGGAGGACCCUCAGGAGCCAUGGGUCGCCCUGGACAAGAUGGACCACCUGGAGACCCGGGUUCCGGUGGACCAAGUGGAACAGCAGGACCCGCGGGACCAUCCGGACCACAAGGGGCUGUGGGAAUGCGGGGAAGCGUUGGUCCAUCUGGAUCAAGAGGAGCUGUUGGCAGCGAGGGAGCAAAGGGCGAGUUAGGAGAACCUGGAAGUGACGGCAAAGAUGGAGCCCGUGGAUCUCUCGGAAUGGCAGGACAAGAUGGAAUGCAAGGUGCAACAGGUCGACCUGGAAACGAAGGUGAGGCAGGUGCAAGAGGAGAGCUGGGUACACCGGGACUUCAAGGGCCCAAGGGAGAUCAGGGUCAAAUGGGCGUACAAGGUGAUCAGGGAGCCCAGGGAGAGCCAGGUCUUGAUGGGUCUCAAGGUGAACAGGGCAGAGACGGAACCAGUGGUGAUGACGGAAACCCUGGACCAGAAGGGCCAAGAGGAACUACGGGAGAAGACGGAGAUCAAGGAGACCAGGGUGGACCUGGAGGAGAAGGAAGUGAAGGCCAGAGAGGAGAAAAAGGAGAAAGAGGCGAACUAGGGGAUCCAGGCCCAGAGGGAAGUCCAGGAUCUAAGGGCGCUCAAGGUGACAUCGGCCCUCCGGGGAGCACUGGAAAUGAAGGACCACAGGGAACUGACGGGGACCGGGGAAUCCCUGGAAUAUCGGGCGAACAAGGAGAAGUGGGCUCCAUAGGCCCAUCUGGUCCAUCAGGAGUCAAAGGUGAUCGUGGAAUACAGGGAACGGAAGGUCAACGGGGUGAUCCUGGAGAGCCUGGAUCACCUGGUCCAUCGAUUGCCCUCAGCGAUCUUGUGACAUCGUCAGGGUACACUGGCUUUGGAUCAUUGACGGAGGCACCGCAAGAUCCACCCCUUACGGCCGAAAAAGCGGGGACAGUAAAUCUUUAUAGAAGUCAAAAAUUGGUUGACGAUCCGGAGAUUGAUCCGCUAUCAAACUUUGUCACUCUAGUAAAGAAGAAACUUACGAUGAUGAAAAAGCCAAACGGCACAAGUAUAUUUCCCGCGAGGACCUGUAAAGACUUGUACAUGUCAUAUCCUGACCUCCCAAGCGGUUUUUAUUGGAUCGACCCUAAUGAUGGUCUACCUAACGAUGCCAUAAGGGUUCGAUGCGAACAGCCCUCUUAUUCAACUUGUCUCUACCCUAAGAGUGAUAGUGAGACCUUCACAACUGAAAAAAAGAAAUGGUUCACUGGUGCUGAUGGUUACAAAUGGUUAGGAAAGGAUCUGCGCAUGCUUAAAAAUAUUGAAUAUGUCAGCGAACCAAGCCAACUAGAAUUUCUCCGCUUGCUGAGUGACCGCGCCAGGCAGAGGAUCGUAUACAAUUGUAAAGACUCGGUGGCCUGGAGCGAUGAGAAAAACGAAUUUUCCAAAUCUGUCAAGAUUAAGGCUGACAAUGGAGUUGAAAUGCACGCGGAGUCUUCAAAUAAGUUUAAGCCCAAGGUCAUCAUGGAUGAUUGUGCGGUCAAAGAUGGAAAGUGGCACCACACGGUACUAGAAGUGGACACCCCCAAACCACACCGCCUUCCCAUUGUGGACAUAGCAGCUUACGACAUUGGAGACAGCGGUGAAGAGUUUGGAAUAGAGAUUGAAAGACUGUGCUUCACUUAACAAAAUGUAAAGAGUCUUAAAAUAUUUCAUUUAUAGAAAUCUAUUUGUGUUUAUUACUACAAUUCAAACGAUUGGUUUUCUCCCUCCUAGAAUUUAUUUGAAGUCACUUAGAGUAUAGAACAUGAGAAUAACUUUUUAUCGUAUCUCGCUGCUGUGAGUUUGUUUCGCUCUAUUAGAAAGAAUUUGCGUCUGCGAGGUAUCACUAUUGGUCAAAACAACUCCAUUUAAAGCCGUUUUCAAUUGAGAGUCAUAAAACCAAAACCAAGGUGAUCACAACUACCAAUAAAAAAAGAGUAGCAUCAUCAUUAACCAAUGAGAACUCAGCGACCUGCUUUAUGCGUGGGAAAACACCAGUGGCAAAGUUUGGAUUUGUUUUACUUUUGCAUUUAAUUGGUUGAGAGGGUGGGACAAGUUUUCUGGACCAAUCAAAAGGCGAAGUAAAGCAAACCCAAAGUAGUCCAGGAUCACUCACGAUACUCUCUUGGAAAAUGCUCCAAGCCACUGCAACUACGAGUGUAGGUUUUCUCCCAGAAGAUUUCAAUUUACAGUGAUUUUUUUGUCUUGUAAAAAGUUCUCCUUUGCAGGAAAAAAUAUGGCCAUUUUUCGUUGACAAAUAUCUCAUUAAUGUUUAUGUGACUGCAGAAGCUUCCGCGAAACGAAGCUGCUUUUCGAUUCAUUUAGAAACAUCAAAAAUGUUGUGCUUAUACCCAAGGGUAAGCUUAUGUAAGCCGAUAAAAAUAAGUUAUUCUGCAAGUUCUUAAAAUGGUUGUUUUUCUUCCUGAAUCUGAUGUUCAACAAUAAAGAUUGACACUUCUUUUAGGAUUUCUUGCCACUUGUUUCGCGUGGCAGUUAUUUCAAGUAAAGCUGCAUUAAUUUCAAUCAUGGGCAUGCCAAGACAAUCAUUUAGCAGGGCUACGGUCAGGAGCUAAUGGAAGAAGAAAAGAGUGUUCUUGGCCGACAUAUUGUUGCUGUAAUGGUCAGAGUGCGAAAGAGUUAUGGCAAGAAUUCCCGAUGUUUUGUAUGUACAUUCCUCCAGAUCGAUUCGAAGAAAGUUCAACAUCAUUGCAGUAUGGUCAGACCAAACAUGAUCUUUCUAUUGCCAUAAUUAAAUAAUUCCUUGACAUAAUGUGUCGUUCUCCGGUCUCAGAUAUACAAUUAGAGAGGUGCGGUUUCCCUCACGGGAAGAGUUUUAUAACGCUAACAUUUGGAACAGCACUAACGAACGUAAACUUUAGGGUGUGUCCAUUGCCAUCGAACAAAACAAAACAACUGUCUUGUCGUUUAAUGUAUCAAUGAAGUCAGCUAGACUGAUUUCAUAGUGCAAAUAAAGAUGUAUUUAAAAUGCUAUAUUUUCAUCGUGGAGUUUUUUUCUGAACAUUGUAAAUGAAAAAAUAUACAUAAAGUUGAGCUCGAGUUACUUUUA